AUGACUGAACCGCAACGUUUGCCAAUCGUAAAAGUUGCCGCGGUAUCCGCGGCAGUAGCCGCCACUGCCGGCCUGGCGUAUUAUUUGCUUAAAAAGGUAUGUUUUGACUGUUUUAUGAUUUUUUUGGUUGUUUAGGACAAGUCCAGCGCUUCCACCGCUUCAGCAACGAUUGUUAAUGCUAACUUAGCCCCGUUCGAGCAAGCUCAACAGCUGAAGGAGCUUGGAAACGCCCAAUUUGCUAAGCACAAUUAUUCGGAAGCCGAUAAGCUUUUCGAAAAGAGUGUGGAGAUCCUAAAAUCGCUUGCAAUCUCGCCAGAACAACAGCAAUUACUGUCUACUGUCUUUAACAACCUUUCGGCAGCUGCAGAGUAUCAGAAUGAUUUGGCGAGAGCUUUGGAAUUGACGGAUAAAGCGCUGAGUAUAAAUAAAAAUUACACCAAGGUCUACAUUCGAAGGGUUCGGCUGCACAAAAAGCUGGAUCAACUUCAAAACGCCGUCGCUGAUGGAGGAUAUUGUCUGAGGUUGUUGCAGGGGUCUGGAGACAAGAUUUUGGAGAAGGUAAAUCGAGAUUUCUUGGAGGAUUUGACGAAUUUGACAGCAAAGAAUGUGGAGAACAUGUUCAAGGUGAGUGAUGGAUAAUAUUGCUUGUUUUCUUGUGAAAUCAGCUAUCCUUUUUGAAUUAUUAUUGUUCAUUGUUUAGAAAUUCUUCCUCACCGGGCAAUUCUUGCCAAUUUCCCGGCUGAUAACUGAAGAUUGGACGCAGAAGAUUGCUAUCCAUGAUCCCGUUUUGAAUCGACUCGAAAAUAUUCGUGAUGAAGCCACUUAUUCGGACCCUCUAGACCAGGCAUUGCAAUUUUUCGCUCAGCAAGAGCACACCAAAGCUUUGGAGCUUGCUUUGAAGGCAUCAUUGGAUGAGGAACUUUCAAUUAGGGAUCGGCUUUUGGCCAGGUUGUUUGCUGCAAGGAUCUACCUAUUUGCCGGGUUAUACCGGGAAGUUCAGUUCAUGACAACACAGUUUACAGCGUUGUGGGAUGUUCAAUGUAAGUUUAUUUUAUUUUUUGUUCUUUGGCUUUUAGGAGGAAGUUUUGAUGAAUAAGGUUUGAUGGGCAUGAAUCAAAUAAAAUUAGACCGUUGAUGGAUUUUUCGUAUGAAAGUUGAAAUGAAAUGAAUUUUGAAAGAAGUUCUAGGAAGCAUAGACUCUGAUGAGUUGUUUAUAGCUGCUCAUGUCAUCAUUUUCCAACUUCUUUUUGGAAAUAGGCAUUAGCUAUCAUGGUGAAUUUAAAAAUUGUCAGUUUUUUGCGGUUUGUUUCAAGAAAACAUGAAGAAAGUUCCUAGUAGAGCUGUUCUAAUGUCUUUUAAGCUAUGUGUUUUUAAUUCCGCCAUCAAUAUUACCUUAUUUUAGCUGAAGAAUUCAAGGUCGAAAACAAAGACCUUCUUCUGGCCCUCUGGGCAUUGGAUGUGUACAUUGAUGCCAUAGACGACUCAGAGCGCAAGAUCCUCCAAAACCAUGAGUUGCUUAAAGGAAACGUGGAUCCUCUUGUUGUUCUUGCCAAUCAUUGCAGUAGAUGGGGAGAUUACACAAAAUCCAUCGAACUGAUCAAGCUGGCAAGAACGUUGGAACCCGAACAUCCCGAUUUGGAAUUCCAUGAGCUGACUUAUCAGUUCUAUGCCGCCGCCAAGGACCGAAAUAUGUCGGCUGUUCAGACAGCUUGUGCCAAUAUCGAUAGAUAUGUUCAAAAUAAUGAUCUCAACGCUUUCAAGACUCUAACUGUUGCUAAAGUAAGUUUAUAAAUAAUUGAUUGACCAUAAAGUUUUUUUUCUAAGGACAUAGAAAUACAAUUUGAGCUCGAAAAUGUCAAUUUUUUCUAUAAAAUACCAAAUUUUUCAUGGGGAAUAUAAUUUUAGGUAUUUGCCUCCCUUGCCAACCUUGAUCUAGCCCUGGAAAUUCUUGAUAAGCACAAAGAUAAGUGUCAGAACUCAAUUUCAUUCGAACUUCUUCAUGUGUAAGUUGUUUUCAAUAUUUUUUUUGAUUUUAGGCUGUGUUACACGGAGAAGAACUCAACUAACCCCGAAGUCAUCACUCAGUUCCGUGAAAAAUUGGUCGAUCUCAGCAAUAAGGACCCGUAUAACCAUGAGCUUCUAUCGUUGUUGUCCAGACAUAUGAGUGAACGGUAAAUUUUUUGAGGCGUUAUAUUGUAGUAGGUAGGAGGAGAUGAUUUUGAAAAAAUUUGACGAUUUUUGAGCUCUAGAUGGCGGGAGAUGAAUUGUAAUUAGUGUAGAAUAAUUUGAAGAGUGUUUCUUCUAUUGUCUGAUGGAUUAUAAGUGGGAUGAGUAACGAUUUUGAUUCAUUUUCAGAGGAAAUUUCGAAGAAUCCGCUGGCCUGGCUGCUCAAGCCUUCUUUGGCGUCCGAUUCAUCCAAGAAUUCACCAUAAGAUACCAGGACCUGAUUGCGUCAUACUCAUUUGCUGGUCUCCCCUUGCCAUACGACGACAUCCCCCCAUACAAAGGCCCGGAACAUAUCAAAGUCACCUCUCCGGAAUGGGCCACCAAAUUCGAAGCAUCGGACGGCGUUUGA